AAGUUGCAAUUUUUUAAGUCAAGUCAACAAAACAUGUAUCCACACCAAUGUAUUAUGUAUAUAUCAUAACAUCUUCUAAUCACUCAGUUCCAAAGCAGAAGACAAAUACGAAGAACAACCUUUGUUUGUUUCCAAUCACAAAACAAAAAAAGCAAAAAGUUUCUGUUUGUUUCAAUUAAGGAAGGAUGAAGCAAAAAAUAGUUAUAAAGUUGCAAAUGGACUGUGAGAAAUGCAGAAACAAAGCCCUAAAAACUGCUGCUGAGGUCACAGGUGUGACAUCAGUUUCAUUGGAAGGAGAUGACAAAGACAAGGUAUCUGUAACCGGUGAUAAUGUAAACACAAUUUGCUUAGCCAACCAGCUAAAGAAGAAAUUCAAAAAUGUCAUAAUUCUAAGUGUGGAAGAAGUGAAAAAGAAAACCGAAGAAGAAAAGAAAAAGGAAGAGGAGAAGAAAAAAGAAGAGGAAAAGAAAAAAAUGAUGGAAGCAUGCCGUGCUGUUUUGAAAGGCUGUUGCAUCAAGUGUCAAAGCAAGAGUUGUAGUGGUAAGUGUAACUCAUGCACAAAAUGUUCAAGUCCAAAGUGUGAUGGAAUGCUUUGUGUCACUAUUUGCUUUGAGUGUGAAAAUCCAAAGAGUUGUUGUGAGUGUAAGCCAAUUGUUAAUUGCUCAAAUUGUGAUCACAAGAAGUGUGAUGGUGGUUGCAAAUCUAAGAAGCCUCCUUCACCAUGCCCUCAACAAUGUCCUCCAUGGUGCACAUGUUAUAAGUGUUGUGCUCGAUACCAAUACCAACCUUGUUACAACCCUUGUCCACCUUAUUAUUGCCCGAUUGGUUACGAGUCAAACUCCGAUAAUUGCUCCAUCAUGUAAUAUCAUAUUUACACAUAUUUGAAUCUGCAUAUUCGUGCAGAUGUGAUACGGGAUUACAGUAAUAUAGACUAUUAAAUUUAUAGAGAAAAAUUUCAUUUCUCAAAAUUUUAUAGUCUUUACUGUUUUUAUAUCGUAUCACAUCUGCAAAAGGAAUCUUUAGACCAUAUCCAUAAGUAAAGGACUAUGGCUUAAAUAAAAUUUGCAAGUAUGGUCUUAUUAUAAGUUAUUUGUAUACUUGUAUACAAUAUUCAUAGAAAAAUAAAAAAUAAAAUAGUGACAAGAUUAUGAGAUGAAAAAUAAGAAAUUUAUUUGUCUAAUUCUAUCACUAAAUUUAGUGAUUAAAGAAUUAGUAAUGAAUUUCAUUUUUUAAUCUCAAAUUUUGGUUACUAAUUUUAUUUUCAGUCCUACCUAGAGGAUUAAGGAAGGUGUUAUUUGGUUUGUUUGUAUUCAUUUAUCAUGUAAUUUUCUGAAGAUGCUUUGUUAUUUUAUUUCUGUUUGAGCUAGAUUUAAUUGUAUAUCUUUCAUAUUCUCUCUCAUAUCAAUAAUAAGAAUAAACUUUGUUUUCAA